AUGGCGAAGAGCUUUCCUUUCAUUGAUUGUAUGAUGGAUUGUAAUCUUGUUGACAUGGGUUACACAGGCUCCAAUUACACCUGGUGUAAUGGAAGAAGCUCUGAAGACAGAAUUUGGAAAAGGCUAGACAGGGUUAUAUUUAAAGGACUAGAUACUUUAAAUUCUUGGACUUUUGGACUAAACAAAGUGACUUUCUUGAUAUUGUCAAGCAAGCAUGGGACAUUCAGAAACUGCAUUGGAGAUAUCUUUGGAAACACCAAAAAGCUAGAAAAAAAGGUUGAAGAUCUGGAAAUUGCUAUGGAAAACAAUGUUUCUAGUAGUACUAGGCAAGAAUAUAACAAAGCUAAUGCUGAGCUGAUUAAACAUCUCAAAAUUCAAGAUUCCUACAGGAGACAAAAAGCCAGAUUAAAAUGGUUCAAUGAAGGAGACCGCAACACAAAAUUCGUCCAUUCUGUUAUCAACAUCAAGAGAAGAAGAUUGAGUCUCAAAGCUAUCAAGGAUGAUGAUGGGAAUUGGAUAGAGGGAGAGGAUCAAAUUGCUUCAGAAGCUAUUAAAUUCUUUCAAAAUCAGUUCACUCAGGAGGACUAUCAACCUGACUAG